GCAUUUCUUAUUUACAUAAAAGAGACCGAGAAAGAAAUUCAGUUUGAUAUUGAGCUGUAGCUGAGACAGUUCAUUCUUCAAUCUACUCCUCCAUUGAGGUAACAAGUUAGCAAGAAUGAGUCAUCAAUUUCGUUUAGGAAACUGGAAUGAAGACGGCAGUCCAUCUCGUGAUCGUGAUGCUAGAGCUUUAAGAUAUUUAUUGGCCUCUAAUUCUUCUUCUUCGGUUGCUUUCAACAAUCGCGCGCGAUCAUCUGAAAUCAACGAUCAAGUUGUACAUGAUAAUAUCAUGCAAACUAAUCCUCUUCAUUCCACUCAUAUUCCUCUUCACUCAAACACAACAAACAUUACUACUAGUCAUGCUACUAAUGACUCGUCCCCGCCAAGACUCUUUGGUUCACCUCUCAUUUUGGCUCCUACUAUCACAAGGAGUAGUGAUGGUUGUAUCAAUACAAGUAUUGGGCAACUUCGACCUGCUCCUACUAUUACUUCUACUGGUAUUGGCAAUUCUUCGGUCAAGAGAAGUAGAUCACCCGAUCUUGUGAGAGGAGAGAGUUCAAAUCAAGGUUCACGAGUUGGUGGAACCUUAAGAAGACGCACAAAUCCUCCUCCUCGUCCUACUUUUCAGCAAGAGAGUGUGAACAAUAAUAACAUUUCUUCAGUGUCUUCAACUCCGAUGUCAACACUAUAUAACUACAAUGGUAAUAGGGUCUUUUCGGAUAUGUUGCGCCGACGAGUGAACCAAAUUGGUGUAAGUGCAGCACAAAAUUCUAUUACGAGUGAGUCUCACAUAAUUAACAGACAUUCUGCACGUCUUGGUCUAGCAGAUUUUAUUGAUGAUACACCAUCCUAUAAUAGUCCAUCUCAAUCUAUCAUUGAUGAGGAUGUUGCUCGAUUAUUGCUUCCUUCUCGACAAGAGAAUCCUCGGGACAGCUUCACCAUGCCAAGAACAACCGAACAUGCAUCUGCAUCACUUUUCCAAAGGAAUAAUAAUAUAUUUUCUUUUGAAGCAGGAUCAUCUUCAUCCUCUGGAAGUCCAGAUUGGGGUUUGAAUGGUUUUAACAACAACCAUAGCAACUUGGAUUUAUCUGAUUUUAGUCGUCUGAGAAGUGAUGAUACAUUUGUUGAUAGAAUCACAAAUGCUCAAGAAUAUGUAAGGCUUUUACCAGGAGGUCGUGUAAGUACAUUUUUCGCUCCAUCUAUUGUUCAUGUGCCGUCUGAUAGUUAUGGAACACGACAACCACAACGGCCUUCGGAUUCUUCGACAAGUAGUUACCGCCGAAACCCUCUUCCACCUCCUCCUGCACCAGGAUCAAGUACUUUUGUAGAAUAUGAUCAACACAUGCACACAGGUAGAUCAUUGGCUAGAUCAAGGAAUCGUCGUCGCGGUAACAACCGCAUUCUCACAUCAACUUCUCCUCAACUUAGGGCUCAGAGGAACAGCCUUAGGAAUGAGGUUUUUAGCUCCAUUCAGCAUCUGCGCAACGGUGGCUCUAUGCGGAUAGAGGACUUGCAAAUAAUGGAUUAUUCAAUUGUGUUAGAUAUGCUUGAGAAUCAAGAACGUAUCACCAUGCUACGUAAUACAAAUGAUUGGCCAUAUGAGGUGAUUCUAUCCCUCGAGGAAGAAAUCAGGAGGCUUGAGAUAGGGCUCACUGAAGAAGAAAUUCUCACAUAUAUUGAGAGAGAUUUUCAUGUCCCAAAUCCAAAUGAAACAAGUACGCAAAACGAAACAUGCACAAUCUGUCAGGAAGACUAUGUGGAAGGGGAAACCAUUGGAAGAUUGGAUUGUAGGCACAUAUAUCACCUUGAAUGCAUCAAACAAUGGUUGUUGUUGAAGAAUGUUUGUCCAAUUUGUAAGAAGACAGCUUUGAAAGUUGAUGAAGAUUAGCAUGAAAGUGAUUGAUGAUUGGUUUUAUAUUGCAUCUCCGAACUUGAUUUUGUUAUGAGUGUUUGGCUAGUGUUUUCGAGUUUAUUCUGAUUUUUUGUUGUUUGAAUUAUCAAAGACUUUUUAUUAUUUCUAAUUCCAUUUGAAUUCAGUUUGAAUGAUUAGUGAGUUAUGGAAAUUCACUUAGACAAUCAUGGUGCUGAAUAUUUGCUAUAA